UUACAGCAUCCAUAAUCUCCAAAAUCUCGUUGGAUUUGGUUCCAAAGUUUCAACCCAGUGAAGAAUCAUUUUGCCCCAUGAAAUUGAAUUUGCCACCGCUGGUAGCAUUUCCUUCACUACAUUGGCAACAAGCCUUCGCUACAUUGGCAACAAGCUUCACCCAGUGAAGAAUCCCAUUUUACACUCCUGAAAAAGGCCCUAUUUUCCUUUGCCACUCUCAAUCUUCGCAGAUUUUGUAUCCUGUGCGCGGGCUGGACUGGUAGGAAAUAUCGGGAAAUUUCCCGAAAAUUACCGAAAUUUCCUUCGACCUAUAAUCGGUGACGAAUAUUGUGUCGGAGCCGGCUAAUAUUAAUUUUAUUAUCUGCACGUGGAACAAACCUAGUAAUUGAAAACAAGGAGUGGCUGUCAAAAACCCUCUUCUAAACCGGACUGCAAACGGAGACCAAAUGAACGACCCAGCCCACCAUGACGAAGAUGAGGAUCAAGGGGAUGUGUUUAUCGAUGAAAACGACGUUGUUCAGGAAAUCACUGUAGACGACGAAGAUCUUCCUGACGUAGAAGGCGAAGAUGAUGAUGCGGAAGAUUUUGAGGAAGCUGAUGAUUCCAUGCACAUUUUCACUGGUCAUACUGGUGAACUUUACACAGUUGCAUGCAGCCCAAUGGAUGCAAGAUUAGUGGCAACAGGGGGUGGAGAUGAUAAAGGAUUUAUUUGGAAGAUUUUUGAUGGAGACUGGGCUUUUGAACUUGGAGGUCACAAGGAUUCUGUGUGUAGUUUAGACUUUAGUGCUGAUGGACAGCUGCUUGCAUCUGGAAGCUUUGAUGGGCUUGUUAAAAUCUGGGAUGCAUCUUCUGGAGACCUCAAGGGCACACUUGAAGGUCCUGGUGGAGGCAUUGAGUGGGUCAGGUGGCAUCCAAGAGGACAUUUGGUCUUGGCUGGUUCAGAGGAUUGCACAGUUUGGAUGUGGAAUGCUGACAGAAGUGCCUACCUUAACAUGUUUUCAGGUCAUGCUAGUAGUGUGACAUGUGGCAAUUUUACUCCUGAUGGCAAAACAAUCUGUACUGGUUCUGAUGAUGCAACCUUAAGAAUAUGGAAUCCAAGAAGUGGUGAAAAUACCCAUGUUGUUAGAGGUCAUCCAUAUCAUACUGAGGGACUGACAUGCUUGGCAAUAACCUCUGAUUCAACUCUUGCUCUUACUGGCUCAAAGGAUAGUUCUGUCCACAUUGUGAACAUCGCAACUGGCAAGGUUGUUAGUUCAUUGACUUCUCACACAGAUUCAAUUGAAUGUAUUGGCCUUUCACUGAGUUCCCCAUGGGCUGCAACCGGCGGCAUGGAUAAUAAGCUCAUUGUCUGGGAUCUGCAGCAUUCAUCACCACGCUGCACAUGUGACAAUGAGGAUGGGGUGACAUGCUUGUCAUGGCUAGGUGAUUCUAAGUACGUAGCUGCUGGGUGUGUGGAUGGGAAAAUUCGAAUCUGGGAUAGCCUCUCUGGAGAUUGUGUGAGAACUUUCAGUGGGCAUUCCGAUGCCAUUCAGUCUCUGGGUGUAUCCGCUGAUAAGAAUUUCCUGGUUUCUGGUUCCCUGGAUGGUACUGCCCGGGUAUUUGAGAUCCCAGAGUUCCAGUAAGAAAAACUAGCUAUUUGUACUAUACCAAAAUGAAAUGAGUGACUUCAUCAUGAGUAUUGUGCAAAAACAUUGCAUUGUGAAUCUGUAGCUUUGCACUUUGGGCCAUUUCUUUGUUCUAAGUUAAUGGCGUAGUGGGAAAUUUUGAUAUUGAGAGCACAGAAAUGCCUUGACAAAUAUGCAGUUUGCAUGUUUGUGAGUAAAUUGGAGCACAAGAUUACUUUGUUUUCUC